AAAUUAUGUACACAUAUAAUUUUUGCCUACAACUAAUGCGAUCUAUACCUAUAUAUUUGUCAUUUUAGAGGCCAUGCCCACAGCUAAAGUUGAUGGGCAGCAGUUUUACUUCACGGCUGGGCAAAGAAAAUCCGUUAAGCUUGUCUAUGGUGGCUACCAGUACGUCAAAUUCAUGGAGAAUUCUAAGGGCGUUAAGUGGAUUUGCUCAACCAGAUCUACCACUAAAUGUAAGGCACGCGUACGCACUACAAAAAAUGCUGAACUUGAAGUGCUCCAUGAAAAGCACAAUCAUUCAUUUAUUCAAAAGAGAUAUGCACGAAAAGUGGAUGACUUAGUGGAGACUAAGCUUAACAUCAACCACGAAAUUAUGCCAACAAACAUCUCUUCAAAUUAAGAAUACGCACUUUAAGGGACGAAACUGCACACAGCGCCAAUAAAUCGUACCGCCUCGUAUACGAUGCCUGGAAUAAGGAAACCCAUCCAAUACCAGUUGAUAUGU